CUCUCUCUCUCUCUCUUAUCUUCUUAAGUUUUUCUGUAUGUUUGUGUUUCUUGCAAUAAUGGAGUAAAAAUAUGAUUUAACCAUUUGCAGCUGUUUUAAUCUGAAAUUCUGUAUCUGGAUAAUAAAGUUUUGGUCUUUUAAUGGUUAUAUAAACUGGGUUUUAGAUUGUACGGAUCAUCUUAUUGUAAAAUUUAGUUGAAUUUUUGAGGAAGAAUUGUGGGUUUCCAAAUGAAAUAUUUUGUGGGUUUUUCUAUGUGAUUGAAUUGUUUUACCUGGCAAUUGAAAUUGAAUAGAAGAUCCUUUGUUUGCUUCAUCCUAAAUGAGUGAUUCUUAGGUGAUUAACCCUUUUUAGUAAUAACAAAACAAAAAUAUAUGAGGGAAAUGGGGGAAAAUGAUAUGAAUUUUUUGAUUAAUUUGGAUAAAAUAGCUCAAGAUAUCAAAAAUGUUAUCUUUGUUGAAAUUCAGGCAUUAAUGGGAGAAACAAAGGUGGGUACAUCUACAUCAAGCCAAGCCAGUGAUAGAAAUCAAUUGCCUAAAUUGAUUGAUCCUGCAUUUGCAAAGUUUUUCAUUCAAGCCCCUCAAAAGCUGCAGAAUUUUUUCAAGUCACAUAUUAGAGUACCAGGGAAAGUAGAAGAGAGAAAGGACGUAAAACAGCAUAGCAUCAAAAGGGAACAAAAAUCUUCUAACGAAUGGGAGGCUGAAUUGCAGAAACAACUGCAACUUUGGCGUGCGAACCCUUAUUGGAGUGAUCAACCACCUGAAAUAGAGGUUACUAUACCUAAAGGAUCACUUUGCAACCUACACGUGAAAUUUGACGCUGGGUUGCCACCAGAUGCCGUGUACAACAUCGUUAUUGACCCUGAUAGUAAGAGGGUCUUUCGUAACAUCAAGGAAGUCGUGUCUCGGAAGGUGUUGGUUGAUGAAGGUUCUCGACAAGUGGUUCAGGUGGAACAAGCGGCUAUAUGGAAGUUCCUAUGGUUAUCGGGAACUAUAUCCGUUAAUGUCUUAGUAGAACAAAACAGGGACGAUCACUCGAUGAGAUUCAAGCAGAUUAACACAGGAUUCAUGAAGAAAUUUGAAGGGUGUUGGAGAGUAGAUCCGGUAUUUGUUGAUGAGAAAAUUUGCUACCCAUUUAAACCUAAAACUUUAUCUGAAUAUCGUUCAUGUACGGGAGGAAAAGGAAGGAUUGGAUCAAGGGUUAGUUUAGAGCAACUGCUUCAACCAGCUAUUCUCCCUCCCCCUCCGCUUUCAUGGUAUAUUAGAGGAAUCACCUCGAAAACUUCAGAAACGUUGAUGAAUUAUCUGCUCGAAGAGGUUGCACGGAUUAAGGGUAUUUCUCCAUUGACGGAUUUAAGUCCGGAUGAGAAGUUUGAUCAAGAAAUGAAUAAUGAAUUGAAGAUAGAUGAAGUACGCGACAUUAAGAAAAGAUGGGCAUUGAGACGGAGAAAUGCAUUGCGUCAUCGUACGAAGUAAUGGAUGUUUGUAUCUAAGCUUAAAUUGCUAUUCAAUUUUGCUGCAUUUGUAGCAGUAGAGUAUUGAUUAAUCAGAAGAAAAAAAGAAAAGAAAAAGGCAAUGAUCUUCCCUUAGUUUUGAUUUUAUGUAAUUGAACAAUAUAGAUCACAAGUUCAUGUAAAUUUUCUAUGUACAAAAUGAUGUUACAACAACAGGAUGAAUUACAUGGUUCGAUAGCAAAUUAAUCUA